GUUUUUCAAAAGAUAUAUGAAAGAAUUUUUAUCGAGCGAGUCAAAUUAAUGAGAACUGAACUACAGUUUACCUGUUACAUAGCAGGAAGUAAAAAGAGGAUUGAAAGUGCUACAUCUUCUAUCUCAGAAGGCAACUUCAUGUAAAAGGAAAAGCACAUGAAUUCCUAAACGUAAACCCAUUCUCCACAGCCAAAAAGGAAGGCGAUAGAGCGCGACCCGUUGCAAACAAGAACGCACAUACAUUAAAUCUACUUCUCUUUUUCACUGAGGAAGUGUAGGACACAUCAACAAACGAAUUGCAUGCUUAUAGACCGGCCAGACCACCGAUACAACAAGAAAAGUAAGUUUUUCCAAGUCAAGAGAUAAAAAAGACAUGGCAGCCGCCUCCUCUUCAUCUGCACCCGUGGCUCGCAGUGCAGGAACCCAAGCAAAUGUAAAUGCAGACGCGCAACUGGGCCAACGCCAACCAACGAUAAUCACUGCCGACAACGUCCUGGUUCGAUAUAAGGGAAGUUUCGAGAAAUGGGGACACAAAAUUGCAGACCUCGACGAGGCUCUCCUACGAGGAAAGUUGCGCAACAUCGAGAAGCGAACAGUGCACAAGAUGCUGGCAAGUCAGGUAAAGCGUUUGUGUCAGUCUUCGUACACUUCCCUGCGAAAUAAAGUUUUUUUUGCAAUUUUUGGAGCUUGCCCUCAAGGUUGGCUUUCGUUUCAGGUUCUGACGCUACAGUAUGAAAAGCUAAAUCAGGUGAACAUUUGGUACGUCCUUGCUUCGCGGAACAUCGACCGACAGCUUCGUCCCCCGCUGCCAGAAGGAGUUCGGCGAUUGAUCAUGCAGUUUAAUGAAGACAAGCGCACGAGCAACGCGCUAAGGAAAACGACUUCGCACGCGUUUGACAACAUGCUUAGAGAGGCCCACGACAAACAGGAAGAGGGCUAUCAGCUCGUUCUGGCGUACUACCUGGACAAGAUACACGCCGUUGCGGCAAAGGGGGACUUUGACGAGUUCCAGAUUACAGAUGACGUUGCCAACGCAGCACCCAGUUUAGCGAAUGGCGAUCGUCCGCGAAUGGAUAUCAUCGUCGCCAUGCUAUCGCGCAAGGCCUUUUUCGUCACGACCGCGGACGGAAACCACGUUCGGAACGCUGUGGGGGGGCGUCAGGCUCUCCCGCUACCGUUGACCGUUAGGCUCGGGCAUGGAAGUUUCGGUCACGCUGAUCGCGCAGCGGACGACGUGGCGGCAAAGGUGGUUGAUAGGAUGUUCCGCACAACCGCGACAACGCCAGAAGGACUCACCGUAGAUGCUGCAGCGGCCCCACUGUGGCAGUCUUUUAGAAAGACAAUGGACGGCGCAUUGAAAAAGGCAGCGGACUUUCUGGUCGAGAAACUCGCAGCGUCCGUCGCAACCGGUGUUCCAACGUUGGUGGUGACGCAGGAAGUCAUGGAUCAGGCACCAAAACUGCCCAACGGCGAGGCCGUCCCCUUGUCUGAGAUGCAGGCAACUCGGAUGCACCGGCACAUGGACGACAGUUUUCUUCUGCUUGAGCUGAACCGCCGACAGAAAUCGGAUGGGUUCACCAUCCGAUACCGGAGGCGAAGCAUUUACUGGUGGUCCGAUGUCGAACCGCUUCCAUUUACUUUGGAAGUCGGUCACUUCCCCGACGAAGAAAUGGAAGAUGAAGAGUCGGAAGGUGAUGAUGAGCAGGGUGAGGCCGAGGACGAGUGAAAUCGUCAGGGCUGCCAGGAUGAACGAUUGGGGACUAAGAGAACAAGUCGAAUCUCUAUCUCUCUGAGGUGGAUCACGAAAUUUAUUGAGUGUCAUCUUCUCCAUGAUCUUCUGCUCAAUUAUUAAAAUGUUCGAUAUUCCAAUGAAUUCCUUUUCCUGUAUUACAGCAAGGAAGUCUAUACAUGGUUGAAAGUCGAGCGACUCUCUGAUGUUGCGCCCGGUUGUCUGUCAUGGCACCCGGGAUGUUACUUCAUGCCGCAAGCGCAUGGCCAUCGUGUUUGUUCUCGAAGGGGUCGUGCUCUUCGUCCCAGCUUCGGAGCACAGUUGCUUACCCUGAGGCUCUUUCAGAUAGGAAAGAUCCGGCGUCGAGAAACCAUGUAUCUCGUCCUUCCCGGGGGACGUACGGGAAAUGGUCUGGAAAGCAAGGUCAUAUACAUAAAAU